AUGGCAGUGCUGGAGGUGACCUGCAGCCUGAUUGGCUGGUUGUGUCUCUACCUGUUGUUCUGCUGCACCUUCGCUGAGCGGGGGCCCGAGUGGAACUGUCGUCUGGUCACUUUGUCUCACGGGGUCGUCAUCGUGCUGCUGACGGCCUACGUGGUCUUCAUAGAUGGACCCUGGCCCUUCACACACGCGGGGACGGAGAACACCGAGCUCCAGAUCCUCGCCCUGUCCGUUUGCCUCGGCUACUUCUUCUUCGACAUCGGCUGGUGCGUGUGCUACGGCACAGAGGGCCCCCUCAUGCUGGCCCACCACGCCGCCAGCAUCCUGGGCAUCCUGCUGGCUCUGCUCAUGGGGGUGUCGGCCUGCGAAACCUGCGGCGUGGUCUUCGGCAGCGAGAUCACCAAUCCCCUGCUGCAGACCCGCUGGUUCCUCCGGCGGCUGGGCCUGUACGACAGCCUGCUGGGAGACGCCGUGGACCUGCUCUUCAUUUUACUGUUCGCCACCGUGCGCGUGGGGGUCGGCACGGUGAUGUUCUACUGCGAGCUCACGUCCCCCAGGACCUCACUGGUGAUGAAGCUGGGCGGCGUGGCCAUGUACGCACUGGCCUGGGUGUUCAUGGUGGACAUUGCCAGAUUUGGCUACAAGAAGAGCAGAGUCAAGUACAAACGGUGGAACGAGAAUCACAAGCUCAAAGAAAUCCACAAAUUGGACGGACACUCGGACUGA